CUGAAGCCACAUAGCAAUUAAAUUCCAAAUUCCAGAUGCCACCACACAAACUCCUAAUAUAUGAUCACAAGUUCCAUCCAAGUUACUACACAACUGACGAAGAGUCGACGGUAUAUCCACACCUAAACCCUAAAUCCCAACUAUUCUAACACGUCCCCUUUCAUACAUUGCUAAUUUCAAAGGUAAAAGAGCUCAGAGUUACUAUGGAAAAUGAUGAUGUCGAAUACGGACGUGUUCCUAAUGAAGCCGAGCCUUUUGAAAUCCUUCUUCGGUGUGUAGAGAGUGGAAAGAAAUGUGUUGAAAAACGUCCGUCUAUUUGUAUGGUUCCUAGUGUCCUUAGAAACCUUAGCGAAAAGUCAUUCAUACCUCGAGUGGUUUCUAUAGGACCUCUGCAUAAAGAAAACGAAAAUCUGAAGAAAUUUGAAUGGCUAAAACAUUCUUUUUUGUAUGAUCUAUUGUCCCGUUCAAGUGACCCGACAUUAGCAGAGCAACUAAAUGAAUGUUUGGAAAAGGUGAAUGAUUUAAUUGAAGAUAUCAGGUCAUCUUAUGAUGACAUGAUAAAAGAAAAGUAUAAAGGCAGAAUUGAUCAACUAGCCCACAUGAUGGUCCUGGAUGCUAGCUUUAUACUUGAAUUUUGCCUCAAGCAGGAAUAUAAACAGGAUAAUAAAGAAGCAACAAUGUUAAGCAAGAUACAAAUCACUUGUAUUGCCAUUGACUUAUUGUUGCUUGAAAACCAAAUUCCUUUCUUUGUUCUUCAAACCAUCUUCGACUGCACCAUAAAUCGUAAGGGAAGCCAUCAAGAAAAUUACCUUACUUGCCUUCUCCAAAAGAUUCUAGGAAAAUACAUUCACCCAUUUGCCCAAUGCACUAAAGAUUCAGAAGAUACAGAACAUGCGCAAUGUUCUGAUGAUUCAAAAAAAGAGUCAGAACACGCGCAUGUUCUUGACUGUUUACACAAAACUUACAAAGUGAAGACAUCAGAGAAGGUUGGAGAUUGUCAGGCAUCAUUGAAUUACAAUCACUCUGUAGUAGAAUUAGACAGGUCAGGGGUGAACUUUAAGCCGCAGAAGGAAAAAGAGAUGGAAAUGUCUAUGAGUAUUAUCAAGUCACGUUCGUGCUAUAAUUUGUCGCCUUGGAGCAAGCGUACGCUUUUCAUGCCAACACUUGUUAUACAAGAGUUUACUGAGACAGUUUUGAGGAAUUUUAUUGCAUAUGAGCAAUUUUCCCCUGAAGUGAACUACUAUUUUACAUCGUAUGCGUCUGCCAUGGAUAUGCUUAUUGAUAGCGAAGCGGAUGUUGGCAAGUUGGUUGAAUCAAAAGUCAUUGUCAACAAUCUUGGUUCAAAUAGGGACGUUGCAACAGUGAUCAAUGGCAUAUGCGUAAACAUAGAGAUUGAACGUUUUUGCUACUCUGAAGCGAUACAAGAAUUGGAUAGCAUUCAUCGUGUUUAGUCUUCAGGUUCUUCAGGCCGUGUUAAGGAUCAUAGACAGAUGAUUCACAAUUAUUGCUUACUUUGUAUACGGAUUAAAGUAGCCAAUGGCGCCUGAAAUCAAUGUUUGCUUUUUCUCCUAUCAUCGGCCCCAGCAUCUGUAAUAAUUGCCUUUUCUUUUAUUGUCUAGAGAAUCGUGGACACAUGAUCCACAUGUGUUGUACCAUAUGAUUAUGAUAUGAUUAUAUAAUAAUUAUUUUUUUUUUGUA